AAUUAUAUUUUCUGCAUACAGUCUGGCUACGCAUUUUUGGUCUCCGAGAUUGUUGGCAACGUUGCGCGUCUGACAUUUCGACAAAGAGAGAGAGAGAGAGAGAGAGAGAACACGAGAACUGAGCAAGGCACAAACUCAUUUAUUUCUAGAAAAGUCCGACAGCGGAAUUAUUGCAAUUUCUGCUCAUUACUUUGCGUGGUAACGGUGUGUUUAUCGCAAUUUAAAAUUAAUUAAUCAGUAAAAAAGACAUUGCAAGUGGUAUAGUAUGGACAAGGUGAACGAACUGAAAGAAAAAGGCAACACGGCGCUAAAUGCCGAGAAGUUUGACGAGGCGAUUGCGGCCUACACAGAAGCCAUUGCGCUGGAUGCCAAUAAUCAUGUGCUGUUCAGUAACCGGUCGGCGGCCUAUGCCAAAGCCGCAAAGUUCAGGGAAGCCCUGGAGGAUGCCGAGAAGACCAUUGCAUUGAAUCCAAGCUGGGCGAAGGGUUAUUCGCGUAAGGGUGCUGCUGCCGCGGGUCUCCGUGACUACAUGAAGGCCUUUGAAGCGUACAAUGAGGGUUUGAAGUACGAUCCGCAAAAUGCAAUGCUGUUGCAAGGUCGCACAGAAAUCACUGCCUCAGUGCUGAACUAUAUGCAAUCGCAGGGUGAUAUUCCCAUGGAUAUUGAUCCCCAGCAGUCCAGUAGCAGCGGAGGAGGAGGAGGCAACAGCUUUGACUCAACACCAGCAUCCAAGCCGGCUGAGCCACCGAAGCCGGCUGAGCCCAGGCCAGAGGAUAUGACCGAGGAGGAGCGCAACAAGUACUUUGCCAAGAAGGAAAAGGAACUGGGCAAUGCGGCAUACAAAAAGAAGGAAUUCGACACUGCCCUCCAGCACUAUAAUGCUGCCAUUGAGCACGAUCCGACUGAUAUCACAUUUCACAACAACAUUGCGGCCGUUUACUUUGAGCGCAAGGAGUACGAUGCCUGCAUCAAGCAGUGCGAAAAGGGAAUUGAAGUGGGUCGCGAGAAUCGGGCGGACUUUAAGCUGAUUGCCAAGUCUUUGGCUCGCAUUGGCAAUACCUAUCGCAAAUUGGAGAACUACAAGCAGGCAAAGUUCUACUAUGAGAAGGCCAUGUCCGAGCAUCGCACUCCUGAGAUCAAGACUUCGUUGAGCGAGGUGGAAGCUAAAAUCAAGGAGGAGGAACGACGCGCUUAUAUUGAUCCAACCAAAGCUGAGGAGGAAAAAGAAAAGGGCAAUGAGUACUUCAAAAAGGGUGAUUACAGCAAUGCUGUCAAACAUUAUUCGGAGGCAAUUAAGCGCAAUCCCGAUGAUCCCAAACUGUACAGCAAUCGCGCUGCCUGCUACACAAAGCUAGCCGCUUUUGAUCUGGGCCUAAAGGAUUGCGACACUUGCAUCAAGUUGGACGAGAAAUUCAUCAAGGGUUACAUACGAAAGGGCAAAAUUCUGCAGGGCAUGCAACAAACCUCAAAGGCUUCGACGGCAUACCAGAAGGCACUUGAACUGGAUCCUAACAAUGCCGAAGCAAUUGACGGCUAUCGUCAAUGCUCAAUGAACUUCCAACGCAAUCCUCAAGAAGUGCUUAAGAAUGCCAUGUCCGAUCCAGAAAUUCAGCAAAUCCUGAAGGAUCCGGCCAUGCGGAUGAUUCUCGAACAGAUGCAAAAUGAUCCAAAUGCUGUCAAGGAACACUUACAAAAUCCAGCCAUUGCCGAUAAGAUAAUGAAGCUGCUGGAAUCGGGCAUUAUACAGAUACAUUAGGACUUAUCCAAAUAUCCACAUCUAUCGCUAACAUUCAGGAGACACGACACAACCAAUUUGCAUAUACAUUAGAAUUGAACUAAGAAGUCGCACUGCGCGCCCUCAAAACUAAUAACAUUUCCAAAAUGAGAAACUAUCUUGGAUAUCGAUAUCGCAACGCUAAACGCUAAGCUCACUAAAGGAAAACCAUUACAUACAACACUUAUGUCUACACUGUCUGCAUAGUUGAUUUACGCAGAUGUUGGUGGAGUAGUACCACAAACAAACCGUGGUCCUCAAAUUCAUUUUACAUAAUAUGCUGUAGCUUAGCUCUAAAAAUAAGUUUUUCAAUGUAAAAUAAAUACAAGUCAAACAAAGGUAAUUGUAUAUUACAAACUA